UUUUCCUCCUGGUUUUCCCAGCUUCCAAACACUCCCUUUGGUGGGGUGAGCGAAGCUGCGGGGAGCUCAACCAGGAGUGUCGAUAUAUCGAACAUAUGGGGGGCAUGGCGAAUUGGUGAUCCUCAAUAAGCAAAACCAACAGCAAAAGAGUGUUGAAUCCAAAGAUAUGGUGGCAUGGGAAGCAAUUUCAUGGGUCAUCUUCUUCAUCAUCAACAUGAGCCUCAUCGCUCUUAAUCUCUACCAGAUCGUGUGCUUAUCGGAUUUGGAGGCCGAUUACAUGAACCCGUACGAAUCGUCAGCUCGAAUCAACGCUGUGGUUAUUCCUGAGUUCGCGUUGCACGGCGUUUUCUGUGCUCUGUUUCUUUUGACCGGGCACUGGUUGAUGUUCUUGCUUACCCUGCCCAUUGCUUGCUACAACACCAUGCUAUAUAUGAACCGACAGCACCUUAUUGAUGUCACGGAGGUCUUUAGGUUUCUUAAUGCUGAGAAAAAGUAUCGAAUUAUCAAGCUUGCUUUUUACUUGCUUCUCUUUGUCUUAGUCAUUAUCAGAAUUCUCUCUGCAGGGUCAUUAUCCGCCAUUUCAUCGAUCUUCCAUUUCAAUAAUGACGCAUUAGACAUCCGCUCCUCCUUUCUUGAAUUUUAGAAACUUACAAUCCCUGACCCUGCUUGUUCUAUCUAUCAUCAACUCUAUAAUGGAUGAAGAUGAUGGAGUGCAUGAAGCUUUGUGGUCCUAAGUUCUGCCACUUUAUUGCAGUAUGAUUUCUGCUCUCCAUAAGUUUGUAGUGAUUACUCAAAUUGCAAAAAGAGAACAAAAGACAAAUGUAAUCCAAUUUACUGACAUAGGUUGACAGACCUCCCAAAGAAUGAACUUGUCUUUUCUGCCAUACCAUUCAAUCUUGGAGUUACUGAUUUGUGAAGCAUUGGAACUGAUUUGUAGAUUGUGGGUGGUACUCUAUGAUGUGUUUUUACGUUGAUGAA